AUGUCUGAAACUAAUGAAAUCAAAUUGGAAACUGAACCAAAACAACCUCCUUACCCAAUUGAACAAGCCUGCGACUCGUGUCGAAAGCGGAAGUUAAAAUGCUCAAAAGAGUUUCCUCGUUGCUCAAAAUGUAUCCAACACGAAUGGUGUUGCUCGUAUAGUCCCAGAACAAUUCGGUCACCUUUGACAAGAGCCCAUUUGACUGAAGUUGAAAAUAGAGUAAGUCAAUUGGAAGGAAUACUUCACUACUUACUACCUGAUCACGAUAUUGAUGAAAUUAUAAACGACCACGACAAGGCCAUACUAGCACCAAUUAGACAAAAAUUACAACCACUGCCAAAACCAUGUGCACCCACAGAAAUGCAUUCCCCCAUUGACUCAAUCACCUACCCUUUACGCCAGUCAAAGUCCAACCCAAUACCAGAAGAGUAUCCCAAAAGUAGAAUCAAGCAAGAAAUAAUUGACGAUUUUUUAUUAAACAACAUCACCACCACCACCAAGAACAAUGAUUACAUCACACCAACCGUGUUCAACUCAUCAGUAAAUUCAACGGCACAGAGCUCCUCAUUGACGUCUCCUUCAUCGUUAUUAUCGUUGAACUCUUACGACGGAACUAUAGAAGAGGUUCUUGAAUUGGAUCAACCGCAACUUAAAAAAGUGAAGUUGGAGCCGUCAGUUUCUACCAGCAAUUCUUCUUCUUCUUCUCCUACCCAAUUCAGUUUAUUUAACGAUUACAAUUUAGACAUGAUAUUUGAAGGUGUGGUCGAUGAAACUGUUAACGUUUGA